AUGAUAUUGUUUCAUAAAUCGAAGUGUUGUGUAUGUGCAAAGAAUUUAUAGGCUUUGUAAAAAUGACAUAAAUUUAUCUAGAAAAUUGAGAAAAACUUACAGAUGCAAGAUGUGUCACAAAGAUGUUUGUAACAAUUGCAGUGAAAACCGUGUUUAAGUAUACGUAACUAGAAAUUUAGUUAUAUGCCAAACCAAAUGAAUUUGUCAAAGAUUUCAAUAAACAAUAACGUGUCUGCGAUAACUGUUUUCGAGAUUAUACUUAUUAUCAAUAGAUAAUUCAAGAAAAUGGUCUCAAAUGGAACACUAGAUCCUUGUUUUAAUCUAAAUGGAUUGGAAAAUAAGAAAGAAAAAUCAAGAUGGAAAUUUCUAUUUCUGAAAAUGACAAAGAAAUUAUUGAUAAAGAUGUUUUGGCAGGAAGAACUGAUGCAUUUCUAUUUAAUUAUAGUUUAAGAGAGUUUAUUACUUAAUGCUAAUAAGGCUAUGAUCAAUCCUUAAUAAGAGGAUCCAUAAAUAGAGUUUUAUAACUAUUUGUGACUCAUUAUCCAAUCAUUGGAUAUUGUUAAGGAAUGAAUUUCAUAGUUACAGUUUUAUUGUGUUUAUCAGAUGAAGAGGGAGCAUUUCACAUUAUGAAUCACAUUUUCAAAUAUAUUAUACCUCCAAGAUUUUAUUCCAAUUCCUAGGGAGCAACUUUGAUUGGUUUUUAAGCAGAGCUCUAUUUUUUGAAAACUAUUAUAAAAGGUUUGAACCUAUAAUAUUCUCAGUAAUUGUCCAAUUUCUUAGAUGUUUCAGGACCUCAAAUGUUAUUAACCUUAAUGUUGUAAGUGUUAAAUACAAGUUCAUUAUUAAUUACUUGGGAAGCAAUGUUUAAGAGGAAAUCCUUUAUCCCUAUUGAUUAGGCAAUCAUUUUUUCAUUGGUUUAGGCAGCUAAGUGUUGUGAUAUGAAUCAGUAAGGACUCGUAGAGGAAAUCGGAAAGAGUAUAUAUAUUUUACAUAUCUUCAGUCAUUAAGCAUAGUGAUUUAGCCAAAUUAUUAAGUAAAGAAAAUGCUUAUUUUCCAUCAUUUGAGAGACAAGUAUAAAUUGAAUAAUAUUAUUCAUAAACAAGCCGAUCAUGGGUUGAUGAGGAUAAAUUCAUACUUUUUAGACUUAAGAAAAUCACAAAUUUUGAUCCUGAAGAGAUACUACAAAUUUAGAAAGAAUUCAAAAAAUAUUGUUUGGAAUCUAGAAAUUUAUUUAUUAUUAGAAAAGAUCAAAAAGAUGCUAAAUAAUUAGCUAAAUUAACUGAUUCUUCAGAUGAUGAUGACCUUGAUAUCUAAGCCUUAUAAAUUUAACAGAUCAAAUCACAAAAGUAUGGUAUUAAUAAGGAUGCAUUUCUUACUCUGAUGGUAUAAAAAUCUAAUUCUAUAGAAUUCAAUAGGAAUAAUUUCACUAAUAUUACACUAAGUACCAAUUAUUAGAUAGACAGAAAUAUGAAUUAGUCUUUAGUUUGUUUGAUGAAAAUUAAGCAGAAUUGUUAGAUUUUAGAGAGUUCUUAACUUGUUUGAGUGUCUUACUAAGAGGAUCUUUUGAAUAAAAACUUAAGAUGUUUUUCACAGCACAUACUGGAUCCAGUUUAAAAGCUUAAGAAUUUCAUACUUUAUUAUCAAUAAUAAUUCCAUAAGAAUUUCAAUAAAAUGAGGAAUAUCAAUAAUUCUUGAAUAGAAUAUAAAUGGCUUAGUAUUCUUAUUAAGAUAUGCUAUUGGUGUCCUAAGAUCCAUUUGUUUUAUAAAAUGAAUUUCAAAGAGAAAGAAGUCAAACAUCCAUCAUGAUUGCUUAAUCAUUUAACCAUAUGAAAAAUCAUUGAAUUUUAUAAUUUCGGGUCCCUUGCCACACC